UACCACGUGAUACAGCUGUCAAAUAUGGCUACCUCCGUGCAGUCGUGACUUCGCCAGCUGAUUGAGAGAAAUACUAGUUAGCCUGAAUGGAAAGGAGAUUACGGAAUUCUGUUGAAAACUCAAGUAACCGAUUAGUGUAUUUGAUGUGACUUUGGAGGGUCAUGGGGUGGACCUGUGUGUGAAUUCGACGAUUUCACACCCCUCUUUCUCCGAGCUGGUGUUUAACUCCUGCUCCUUUCUGAGUCUCUCUCUCUCUCUCUCUCUCUCUCUGUCUCUCUUUCUCUCUCUAGCCUUCUAGUUCUCUUUCUCCAUUUCUUUUUCCAGUCCAUUCUUUCUUUCUCUCUCUCUCUCCCCUGCCUCCUAAGCCAUGGAGACGAAUCCGGUGCUGGUGGAGUCGGGCGUGGUGUUCGCUAUGGUGCUCUGCGUGCACUCUGCCCUGUGGACCCCGUUGUCAUGGUGCUGCGUGGUCCUGGCGAUCCAAGCCUUCUACGUGCAGCACAAAUGGGAGCGGCUCCUGCGGACGGGCUCAGCCGUCUUCCAGUUCCGGCCGGGGGCCAGCAGUGGCGUCCUGCCCGCCAGCAUGGUCAUCCCCCUGCUGGGCCUGGUACUGAGGGGGCGCUGCAUUGAGGCGGGCAAUGUGCACAUGGAGCGCUUCAGCCUGGUGUUGACGGUGACGGGCAUGAUGCUGGCGAUGUUUAUGUCACUGAUCGCGCUGGGCGUGACGCGGCCUGUACCCACCAACACGUGCGUGAUCGCCGGCGUGGCGAGCAGCGCCAUCCUGUAUUGCACCAAGCACACGCUGACCGUGUCGGAGGUGAUCGAGGUGCUGGAGGUGCUGCUGAUCUUCGUCUACCUGAGCCUGAUCCUACUCUACCUGCUGCCGCGCUGCUUCACGCCGGGGGAAGCCCUGCUGGUCAUCGCCGCCAUCAGCCUCAUCAUCAACCAGCUCAUCAAGCGCUCACUGAGCAACGCCAACGAGGCCCGCGGGGAGCCGCUGCAGUACUACCUGCCGGUGGUGGUGAUUGGCUGCCUGAUGCUGGGCGUGAUCUUUGCGCUGCUCUUCCUGUUUCUGGAGGCGGGCUCGUGGGCGGGCUCGCUGUUCUUUCACAUCCUGGUGGCGGUGAUGGGCCUGGGACUGAUCCUGCCCUGGUUGUCAGUGCUCACCAACACGCACCCCAUAGCCUGGGUCAUCUACUUCCUCACGGUGGACAAUCGGCGGCUGUGGUUGCUGGGCUACUGGGCAGUGCUGGCGCUGAUUGCGGUCGCCGUGGUAAUGCAUCAGAACCGGCGCCAGCGGCACUCGUCGGACAGCAAAAAGGAGCACGCGUCCACGGCGGUGCGAAAGGCCUUUCACGUUGUCAUCGUGAUGACUUACGUCCCUGGGCUGGUGCUGGACCGGCCGCUGCUCCACCUGGCCUCGGCCGGCUGCCUGGGGGUCUUCCUCUUCCUGGAGUUUGUGCGCUUCUUCCGGAUCCUUCCGCUGGGGCCGCACCUACGGCGGCUGCUCACAAGCUUUCUGGAUGAGCGGGACAGCGGGCCCCUGGUGCUCACGCACAUCUACCUGCUGGUGGGGGUGUCCCUGCCCCUGUGGCUGACCCCGGGGCCCUGCGUACCCCAGGGCGGCCUGCCCGGAGCUGGGGGUCUGCUCCCUUAUGCCGGGGUGCUGUCGGUGGGGGUGGGUGACGCCGUAGCCUCCGUGUUCGGGAGCUCGAUGGGGGAGUUCCGCUGGCCUGGCACGAAGAAGACUAUGGAGGGCACGGCCACCUCGGUCUUUGCCCAGGUCAUCGCCGUGGCGAUCUUCCUGCUGGCAGACAGCAGCCUAAACCUGAACACCACCUACUCAUGGGUGGUGGGCUCCAUCUCCAUGGUAGCCAUGCUGGAGGCGUACACGUCACAGAUCGACAACCUGCUGCUGCCGCUGUACCUGCACAUACUGCUGCUGCUAUGAGCGCGUACACCCAAACCACACACAACACACCACACACACACACACACACACACACACAACACACACACAUCCAUAAUCAUACCACUGUAAAGCCAUUCUUCAUUCUGCUCACCACAGACUCCCUUUCUCAUCUUUACACUCACAGACAUUCAGACAAUCUGAACAGUCAAGGACAGUCAUUAACACACACACACACACAUAGAGAACCCCUGUUGGGGUGUUUCAAGGGCUGUGCUGCCAAGCGAGAGCAAGACAGCAGCUGGGCAGACAAGAAGGGGAUGACAAAUCAACUUUAAUGACCUUUUAUUUUAAUUUAUUAUAGUAUCCAUUAUUCAUCUUUGGCAGCAGGAGACUGCUGAAGGAACAGUUUGCACACAUGUUCACUGAUGGUUAACCUGACGACCAGAGACCUGCUGGCAGACACCAAUGACAAGAGGGAUAUGGUUAUGAGGGAUAAAAGGAGUCUUUAUGAGGGAUAAAAUUAAUCUCCAUAAUCCCUUACUUUCACUCCCAUCGCUCGACACAAGUAUAUACAUACAGCAACUUAGGUGACCUCCCAUCUUUAUUUCGAACGCCAGCCCAGCGUUUACAUCGGCCUGAUGAAGAACACCGUCUACUACUUGCUCGUUUGUUUCUGUCUGUUCCUAUUUUUCUUUCAGAUGAAAAUACUUGAUCUAAUCCUCUAAUGAUUUCUCAAUACUCGACCUGCCUUUUUCUAUUAUCAGUUUCAAAGGACGUACCAACAUGUUUGCCUUAAAGCCUGUUUCAUAUCAAUGUCAUGGGCAGAACUCAUUUCAGCACAGUAGCCUCCAAACGCACCAGCGGUUGGCAGCUUACUAGUGUGAGUGAUUUCAGCCUCGUGUAAAUACUGCUGUAGAUAACCUGCAUGUUGCAUAGACAUUAGGUGGUAGUAGUUGUGAAGUUGAUAGAACAUAAACCAAUCUGAGUCCUCUGCAUAUCGGUGUUGGUUCCGUGUUUGUUGUUUUUUUAGGUUGUUGAUGUGGGGGGGGGGGUGAUGGUUUGGGUGGGAGAAAGGCGGAUCCCUAACCAGCAUGUCUCAAGUCCCUAAGUAUUGAAAAGCACAGAAGUAGGGGGAAUUUUCUCGGCAGCGCCAGGCCUCCUGUUGACCUCAGUGGCGAAACUAAACGAUGUCCCUGUUCAGCUUCGGUUCUCUGACCACGAAACCAACUCACAUCCGUGUCAGAGUUACCAAUGGAAUUGUACGAAAACCGAUCAUGCCUAUGCCCUAUAGUCAGUUGGUUUGUGUCUUUGUGCCAGGCGAACCACAUCAGUGUGCUGUGCAUUCUGGGAUAUUUCACUGUAAAAACAAAGUGUUUUUGUAUUAUUAAUAUUAUUAUUAUUAUCAUUAUUUAAGGGAUGAUAAUUCCUAAUAACUGCAGUGUGUUUUAAAAGUAUUUUGUGUUGAUACAAAUAGAUUUUUCUGUCACUAAUCACCUACUCCUUUUAUCUUUUACUCACAAACCUCCCCAUAUUUGACCACAAGGAAUGACUUGUAGAUUGUAUUAUGAGGUUGGUGGAAACUUGAGCUUAGCGUAUUCUAUCUGAAUGAAUAGAUACGGCUUGGCGCCAUCUCUAUGCCUACAGUCUUUGAAUGCUCCAUCUCCCUUACACUCACAUGCACUCAACACGGUCAUAGCUGGGUGGGAUAAAAAUAAGUAGGGGCUUGAGGCAUAUUUUUUUGGAAGAGGACUGUUGCUAUUAACAACUGUAACCGGGCGACUCGGCUCUCAGCCUCCACCACUUCAGAAGGUGGAUUUCAGCCUAUUUUUCAACAUUUCAUUUUUGACACCCGCUAUGUCCACUUUCUGCCAAUCACCACCCAUUUCCACAGUGACAAGCCAGGCAUGCUGAUGUGUCCCUUCUACAGAGAGAAAUGGACAGUAUUGUGGGAUGUGAAUACUAUCAGCAUGCACUACUUUGCUGUACUCCAAUGUAAUACUACUGAGCUCUGUCUUAUGUCAGGGGAAGUAGGCAUGCUGAAUAAAGAAAAAAUGUAUUUCUAA